AUGGAUAUUCGUAAUUUACUUAAUACACAUGACGACUCUAAAACAUAUAAGCCAAUUGCGCCUUUAUAUACUCCAAAUUAUGAUAUAAAUACUAUGACAAUGCAACAACAGUUAUCAGAAAAGCCCUACGUUUGUAAUUGGGACAAUUGCGGAAAACGAUUCUCUCGAAGGUCCGAUCUUUCACGACAUAAGCGAAUUCAUACUGGAGAACGACCCUAUCAGUGUGAAUGGCACAACUGUGGAAAGCAGUUCAUUCAACGCUCUGCUCUUACUGUUCACUACCGCACACAUACAGGAGAAAGACCUCACGCUUGCGAGUAUGAAAAUUGCGGCAAAUCCUUUAGUGAUUCUUCUUCCUUAGCAAGACAUCGCCGUACACAUACUGGCAAACGCCCUUAUCGAUGCCAUGAUGCUCAGUGGAAAUCGUUCAGUUUGUUGAAAGCUGCGUCUACUUAUUCACCUACGUCUCCAACCACCAGCUGUGAUUCUGAAGAUUCACCUGCCAGUCCUUCGAGCUCAUCUAUCGACUAUCGUAACUCACCGCCCAUGAUUGCACCUAUCGCUUACCGCCCACAACAGUAUACCCAUUAUGAUCAACAAAAACCAUAUCUUUAUGUUUAUUAUCCUUAUACCAAUCAACAAGGAUGGCCUGAAUAUGGUUUCAAUAAGCCUGUCUAUCCUUCUCAAGGUUAA